AUGAGUUGGAUUGCUCGAACACUGAGCUCCCGUAGCGCAGCAGCUGAGAUAUCAGUGGACGGCAGUGCGGGAGUUGCCGCAAAGAUGGCAGACGAAGCAGACAUACGGCACAUCCUCAGUGAGGGCGCAAUCGACGGGUACAAAAGUGCUGAGAAUGAGAAAAUUCUCUCCACCAAGUUUUCAGCUGAAGAAGUCGUUCGAGAACGACUGAAAAUGGAAGAGGAGGAUCCUUUGUUGGAGUCUCUGACCGAACAAUCUCAACCAAGCGGAGAGACCAGAGAAGCCAAUGAGACCGAAUCCCGUCCAAAUCACUUGGUGGCUCCCACGUCAACAACAUCCUCAUCUACCUCGUUUCACGAAGAAGCGGAACUCUGGCGACAAAAGGCCGCGCAACUGGAAAGCACCCUCACAUCUCUCCAAAACCAAACUGACGAAGAACGCAGAGCUCAUGAAUUGCAAUUGAACUCUGUGAAGAAGGAAGUCGACCAGUGGAAAGAGAAAGCAACCGAAGCGGAAACCAACUCCCAAAAGGCCAAGGAGGAACUGGGACAGAUUCGAGCCAAGGCACGCAAGUUAGCUGUGGAAGCAAGACAGACAAUGGAGGCCGGACAGCAGGAGUCCCAUUCCAUUGUCAUGUCCUUGCGACAAACCAUGAGCUCCCUGAAGGACGAGUGGGAUACCGAGAAAGGUGAACUCACCCAGACAACUUCGGAGUUGGCAGACAAGGUGAAAGAUAUGGAGAUCAAGCACGCCGAGACCUGGGAGACAGCACGAGAGCAAGUUAAAACAUUACAAGAGAAACUAGCCAAGACGGAAGAAACUACGAAAGCAACUACUGCCAACAAGGACUCUGUCAUUGAGAUCCUGCAGGAGGAAGUGGGCGCACUAACACUUGAGAAGAACACAGCUGUGGCUGCCAAUGAAGCUUUGCAAAAGGAACUGGAUGAAGUCAAAGAACAGAACACCCUGGCAGCAAAGGGUAUCGAACACUUUCAAGAUCAACUGCGAGUGCUGGAACAGGGCGUCUCAAAGAAGGGGAUUGAGUACCAGGAAAAGUUGGAUUUGGUAGAGAAGUUGCUGGAGAACUCAAACGAGGCCAACGAAAAGCUCAAUUCGGACUUGUCUGAUAUGCGGGAUGAAUUGAUUGCGUCCAAGCAGGAGAUAGUCGCAUACAGUACAAAGACCGCCCGGCUGGAUCAGGAGCUGGGCCGGGCAAACACAGAAGCCCGGAAGGUUCCAUCGUUGGAAGUUGACCUGCAACGAAACAAGAACCGCGUCGUCUUUCUGGAGCAAGAUGUGGCGAGCAAGGAAUCGGAGCACAAGGUACUGGUAGCCGAAAUCAAGGCAUUGAAGGAAGAAGUCGGCAAGCUCCCAGCGGCCAACCAACGGAUUGAAGUGCUGACGGCAAAGGGCGACGCGUUGCAAAAAGAAGCAGACCAACUCCCAGAUGCCCAACAACGCAUCCGCGAUUUGAUAGUUCAAAACGAGGCGACCAAGGCAGAGUAUGACCAAGUCAUCACUGCAAUGGCCGCGAAAUACAAGGCGGUGAAACAAGUUGCCGAACAGCUACCAGCUGCCAACCAACGCGUCCAGGAAUUGACCGGCGAGAGCUACCAGCUUCAGACACAAGCAGAGAAUGACCGACACCAAUUGGAGGAGACCAUGAAGGAGUUUGCCACUGUGCGAACACAACUAAAAGAGACGAUUGCGCAGCUUGAACAAACCAACGAAUUUCGAGCGGUGCAACUGCAAGAGGCGGCUGCGCGUAUUGAAGCGUUGCAGGAACAACUACAGUCUGUCCAACGGGAGAACGAGGAAAUCAAUCAAGUGAAGAAAGAGAUUGAAGCCGCAUACACUGUUGAGCUAGGAGAGCUCAAGACUAGGAUGCAGCAAACCCAAGGAGAGCAAAAUCUCAUUGUAGAGGUGGCUCAAAGCGAAAGCAAGGCCAUGCUCAGCAAGGCAGUGGAAGCUCAGUCUCUGGCAGAUGCUACCUCUUCCCAAUUGGAGAAGACGACAGCCAUGCUUGAGUCGUUGACUGAAGAGAAGGCGCAAAUAUCCAUUGUGUUGAAUUCAACUAAAAAUGAGCGAGAUGCACUUCAGAGCGAGUGUGACAACCUGCAGACCCGUGUGGGAGAAUUGGAGCAGGACAAAGUCAAAGCAAGGGCAGCAAGGGAAAAGCUUUCUGUGGAACUUGAGAGCGUUCAGGAGGAACGUGAUGAGCUUCACCAUCAGGUUGCUGCAUUGAUACAGUACAAGGGCAAAGCGAUGCCGUCUAUCAAGGCAUUGACCGAAACAAAUGAAGGGCUUUCCAUGGUGCUCGAAUCAACUACAGAAGAGCGAGACUGUCUAAAGUCUCAGGUGGAGGAGUUGGAACAAUUCAAAGCCGAAAACAUCGGGCAUCUCAAGACAUCUAGGGGCGCAGAGCAACAGCUUUCUCAUUGGCUUGAUGCGACCCGAAAAGAUCGUGACACCUUGCAAACUCAAGUGGUCGAGUUGGAACGAUUCAAAGCAGAAGCUACGAUUUCGAUUGAAGAAUUGGACUCAGAGAAGACGCAGCUUCUAGAGGAAAAGGAGAAACUUCUUUCGGAGCAGGAGUUGUCUCAAAAGGAACGCGAGGACCUUCAGUCGCAAUUGGAAGAAUUGCAGCGGUAUAAGAUUGAAGCCAUGGCAACGAUCCAGUCCUCUGAAGAGGACCUGAAACGCGCCAAGUCAGAAACAGAGAAGAUCAGCGCAGAGUGCGAUGCUAUGAUGACGGAAGUGCAAGGGGUCAACGAAUUGAAGGCAGGGCACCAAAAGGCAAUCGCCAAGUUUCAGACUGCUCUAAAAGAGGUGCAAGAUCGAUAUUCGGACGAAAAGAAGAAGGUGGAAGUCGCCGCCAUUCAAAUCGAACUCGCGGCAGAGGAGAAUGCGAAACUUCAGGUUGCCGUCAAGUCGCUCCAAUCGACCCUUGGACUGGCUCAAGCGGCAUCGAGACAAGACAAGUUUCUUUCGGAUGAGUCAUCAGCCACAUUGGCUGCCCUUACGAAGCAAAAGACUGAGCUCCAAGCGCAGGUGGAAGCUCUGCAAAAAACGAAGACGGAACUGGAGUUGUCCACAGUGUCGUUGCGAUCUUCUCUGAAAGAGGUUCAAGGCAAGUAUGAGCAGGAACAAGGUCGUUCUGCGGAAGCUUUGUCCAGAUUGGCGGUCGCUGAGGAGAGCCACAAGACCCUUCAAUCCUCGUUCAAAUCCAUGGAAACUGCCCUCAAGGAAAGCCAAGGAAAAUCAAUCGAAAACCUAACCAAGGUGGAAGGCGCAAUUUCUCAAUUCAAGGCCUCGGAGGAAGCUCACAGAGUACUGCUAGAAACCGAGAAGGAACAACGGGAGCAUCUGGCUGCUGAACUGGACGAAGCCAAGCUGGCUCUGCAAAGUGCUCAACAGAAGAUUGAAUCCGUGGAAUCGGAAUUGGCCAGGACCAAAAGUCUACUAGAGGCUAGUGCUGGGGAUGCUGCAUCCUUCAACAAACACGUCGCUGAGUUGCAUGCUGAAGAGCAGAAGAGCUUGACCGAGCAAAUCACAAAGCUUCGGUCGGAACUUGAGGUUGCUAAGGAGGAAGCCAAAACAAAGGCCGGGGAUGCUGAAUCCUACAACAAGCGAGACGCUGAGUUGCACGCAGAAGAAAAGAAAAGCUUGAUGGAGCAAAUCACCAAGCUUCAAUCGGAAGUUGAGGUUGCCAACGAGCAAGCCAAAUCCAAUGCUCUCGAGAUGUCUUCGACGCUUGGCAACGAAAUGCAGCGCCUUGUCGAGGAGCGCGAAGAAGCUUUGAGGAUGAAGCAGGAGUUGGAGAGAGAAAUGCUGCGAGUGGCGGAAGCGCGAGACAUUGCAGUCAAGAGCAAGCAAGAGUCUGUAGAAGAAGUCCGACAGAGCAUGCAAGAGCUGGAAGAAGCGUCUCAGCAACAGAAGAAAGAGUUGGAGAUCGAGAUGCAGCAACUGAAAAAGGAAAGCGCAGCAAAUGCGAAGACCAAAGAGUCGCUGGAGGCUUCUCUGGAGUCGGCAAGGUCUAGUCUCGAGUUGACGACGUCCAAUCUCGAGUCGACAACAUCCAGCCUCAAGGCUCUAGAAGCGAAACAUGCCGACCUCAAGUUCAAGCUGGAGGCAGUGGAAGAAGAGCUCGAGCAAGCGAAGGAGACGAUCGACAAGCUCCACGUCGAGCAAGAGACGGGCGGCCAGCAAGACGAGGAAAGUGCAUUAAAAGAGUACAAACAGAGAAUCAAGAGGCUACGAGAGGAACUAAUUGCUGCGAAGAAACAAGGCACAGCGGAAAAACAACGACUUUCCGGAGAAUUGAAGACCUUGUCCAAGCAAGUCACUGAAUUGGAAAUGGCAAUCGAUUUGAAGGAGAACGACUUUGAGGAAUUGCAGGUAACUCUUCAAACAACCAAAGUUGAGCUGGUGAAAGCCCAAAACGAGCACAGCGGGUGUGCAUCUGCGAUGGAAGCCCUAGAAACCAAAGUGUCUCAGACGGAAGAAAUGCUUCACGAUCUCCGCCAAAAGGAAAUAGAAAUGAUGGAGAGCAUGACCCAUCUUUUGGAAGAACGAGAGACAAAUGUGAAGGCAGCUGAUGAUGCACAGAAAGAGUUCGAGUCUGAGCUCAACGCACUGGCAGAAGAAUUGAAGAACACGAAGGAAGCAGCUGUGCAGUCGCAAGAAGCUUGGGAAACCUCCACAUCCUUGCAUGACUCGAUGCUGAAACGAAUCGAAAACCUGGAGUCUACGGUGGAAGAAAAAGUCAAGCUGUUGGAAUACACACACCGCCGUUUGGAAGCAGUACAAGCGGACAACGACGACUUGGAGAGGCAGAUGGAAGCAAAGGAAAAGAUGAAGCCAUUUUGGCAAUGUGGUCCAUGA